UCAACAAGUAAAAAACUCAAAAAAGAUUUGAAUUCACAGAAUCGGGGUUUUAGGGCUCCAUUACAGUUUAGACCCAGACGCGGCGAUAGCUCUCUCCUCAGCUUGCUUUGAGGAGGGAAAAAUCCCUAAACUCACAGGUUGUCGUAGAGAGGAGAGGUUUCCUUUUGCUUAGCUUUAGGUGUGUUGUUAGAAGAAGAAGAAAGAAAUAUGAGUUUAGUGAAUAAAUCCUCUGGGAGGCAAUCCUUGUUUUUCCAAGAUUUGGCAUCACCUGUUUCUGCUGGUAAAGGGAAGUUCUCGACUCCAGCUCAGGCUGCUGCUGUAUCUGCUCUAUGGCGUGACAAUUUUGGGGGUUCCGAUCUUCCUCCUCCUCCCUUUUACACCUUGGAGGACCGUUCGGAAAUCUCUCCCGAGUCUGGGAUUCCUGAUUACCCUUUAUCUCCUGACAUCAAAUCUCACCCUACAACAUCUCCAUUUCAGUCUUCUGGGAGGGAGUUUGGUACUCCCCCAAAAACCAAAUCCGAGGCUACUACUUCCUUUGCUUUGAUCAGUGGGCAGAACACUCAACAGGGUUCUCCGAUUUCGACUUGGUGGUCACCGUCAAAAGCUAGAAGCAGCGAACACGAAGACAAAGGCAAAGGUUCUCCGGUUGAGGGUGUGGUCCAGCCUGGUGCUUUAAUCACACUUCCACCGCCUCGAGAAGUUGCAAGACCGGAGAAGCAUAGGAACUGUGUGCCUGCAGGUAACCUUGACGAGGAAGAAUGGGUUACUGUUUAUGGAUUUGCUCCAGGUGAUACCAAUUUAGUGUUACGGGAGUUUGAAAAAUGCGGUGUGAUCUUGAAACAUGUUCCUGGUCCAAGGGAAGCUAACUGGAUGCACAUUCUCUAUCAGAGUCGAGCUGAUGCUCAGAAGGCUCUUAGCAAGAAUGGGAUGCAAAUCAACGGAGUACUAAUCAUUGGUGUGAAGCUAGUUGAUCCAAUGCAACGCCAGGCUUUGAAUGAAAGAAUUAACAAUCAGGGAUUCAUGACCUUACCCCCACCAUCAUCGACUAGAACCCCAGAGUCAAACGCAUUAAGAGCCUCUCCUCGCCCCCACUAUCUUCAAAAUGGCAGCACCAGUGCCCGGCAGUCAGGAGGUGUGAUUGCUUCCCCAGCAAAGUCCAUGGUAUCCAAAAUCUUUGAUGUCAUGUUUGGCAUUUAGUUUAGAAGUUUGUGCUGAUCCAAAAAGCCUUUUUUUAUAUCUUGUUACAGCCAAUAGUAUAAUUGUUUUCGGCAACUAGAAUAUAACAGAGUGUUUUUUGUUUCAUUGUCUUUCCCAUGUGAGAAAUAUUUGUUAUAUUCCUUGUCUUUAAAAUUGUACUAAGAUUCCUAUUUGAAAAAACAGAAAAAAACUGUACUAAGAC